AUGAAGGCGGAGGAGAUCGAGGAGGCAAAGCCCGCCGCCCUCAACCAAUAUGGCGAUCACGCACAACAGGAGAAAUUAACGCGGAGGAUACUACUGAAAUUGGAUACGCGAAUUCUUCCUAUGCUGGCCCUGCUUUUCCUAUGCUCUUUUCUCGAUCGGACGAAUGUCGGUAAUGCGAAGAUUCUCGGCUUGGAGAAGGAUCUCUCUAUCACUGAUCAUCAGUAUGACAUCGGUUUGGCUGUAUUCUAUCUUACCUAUAUCUGCAGCGAGUUGCCGAGUAACCUUGUGCUCAAGAAGGCAUCGCCGAAACUUUGGUUGCCUUUUCUGACAAUUGUUUGGGGUAUCAUCACUAUGUGCCUUGGGUUUGUGCGGAAUUUUGCUGGCUUCGUGGCUGUUCGCGCUUUGUUGGGUAUUGCGGAAGGUGGUCUGCUUCCGGGCAUGGUUUUAUACCUGUCUACUUUCUAUAGACGAGGUGACCUCGCUCUGCGAAUUGGGUUGUUCUAUACGGCUGCUUCUCUGUCUGGUGCCUUUGGAGGUCUCCUUGCCCGUGGAUUAGCUGCAAUUGGACCUCGCGGAGGUCUAGAAGGCUGGCGCUGGAUUCUGAUCAUUGAAGGACUAUUGACCUUUGUCUGCGGAGUACUGAGCUUCUUCGUCCUCCCAAACUCCCUAGAGUCAGCAACCUUCCUGACUACCGAGGAAAAGGAAUUCGGUCGGGAGAGACUGAUGCUCGAUAAUCCCAGGACCAUAGAAGGAACCCUAGCCUCAGAAGCAGAAUCCUUCAAAUGGUCGGAAGUACGCCGUGGCGUCCUAGAACUCCAAGUAUGGUUCUCUGCCACAGCCUACUUUGCCAUUCUAUCGGGGCUAUACUCCUUCGGCCUAUUCCUCCCAACAAUAAUCAAAAGCCUCGGCUUCGCCAAAGACGCCAACGAAGUCCAACUAUGGUCUGUGAUCCCCUACGCCGUGGCAGCGGUAGUCACCGUAAUCGUGGCAAUUAUCUCCGAUCGUCUGCGCCUCCGAGGCGUGAUCAUGCUAUUCACCCUUCCGAUUGCUAUAAUUGGCUACGCUGUCAUUGCGAAUAUCGAUUCUCCUCGCGUUCAAUAUGGAAUGACUUUCCUCAUGGCUACCGGGCAAUAUGCCAGUGUACCUUGCAUCUUGGUGUGGCUGUCAAAUAACUCGGCUGGGCAUUAUAAGCGGGCUACUACUUCGGCGUUGCAGUUGGCUAUUGCUAAUUGUGGGGGGUUCGUUGCAACUUUCAAUUAUCCAUCUAAGGAUGGCCCUCUCUUCCAUCGUGGACACACGAUUAUUCUUGGUCUUCUGGUAUUUGCGUGGUUCAUGAUCCUGCUUAACGUUCUUUACUGCGCAAAAAUCAACCGAGACAAGAAGAAUGGCAAAUACGACCAAUACAUUGGUUACAACGACGACCGCAACCCAGAAUUUGUGAUGAUUCUUUGA